AGGUCUGGAGGUCGAGGGCUACAGCAAACAAGUUUGAUCGCAAGUUGAGUGCAUGAUACAAAACAAGAGGUAAAAUAUAACUUCCUCCAUCCUUUUUUUAAUCGGAAGGAACCAUAACCUCAAGUCAAGCCAGUAAGGUAAGAUUUUUAGACCUAGACUAAGCAAAGCAUUGACUGAAGUUCCAAGCUUGGCUUUAGUCUAAAGGCGAUGUGCACACUAUGUACGUAACCGGAUAUAGCUUUGUGCCGACUUCUGUUCACACUUAAGGACGGUGAUUUCGGGGCGAUCUCUGCGACGGAGCAAAGCUUUGCGCCGAUCUCUAAAGUGGAGAGUCACGUAUCGGAUAGGUUUUUAAAACUAUACCGUCACGAAAUUCGAAAAUCUUUCCGGUAGCCUGGGGCAUGUAAAUAGUUUCGACGCUUGUUUAGUAACUUCAAAUAAUGAUUCUUUUUUCCAUCAGAUCUGUAGUUGCUUCUUGCCAUCUUAUUCAAAGGUAGCAAACAGUUGCAGUGGUCACAUUUUGAAAUACCUUAAAUAUUUAUUCAAAUUUUGCUCCAACCACAAAAGAUCAAUUUACAUAGCGCAAUUUGUGGUUUAAUGUUUCUAGACUAUUUCAGUUAUCAUCCUCUCCUUUGCAAUUUCGCUAGUAAGGAAUAUCUUCGGUUCAGACCAGUGAAAGAUUUGCAAGAUUUUAGAGAACUUAAUGACAGAUUUGCUAUUUCCUGCAGGAAUAAUUGUAAACCAUGGGUGGUAACCAUAGCAACUUGCCUCCUAAACCACUGGGGUUUGAAUAUAUGUGCAUAGCAGUUCGUACAACUGACAGGCUUCGCAUCAUACUUGGUGGUGACCAUGAGGCAGCCAUCAUACGUCAGAUCAUACAAGAUACAUGGCUCAAAGGGAUACAAAAAGAAACAUUUGAGCUUAAUGGAGUUUUCGAGUUCAAGUUGAAGGGCAAUCCAUUUUCUCCUGCUUCUUCAUCAAGUGAUGCGGUGGCUUGUAGGAGAAUGGCUGAGAGAAUUUUGCACAGGCUCUACCGAGAUGGAUGGAAAUGGAAUUAUGACUUACGCGAUCCCUUCUGAAGGGAACUCAGUGACUGAUCAUGGCUACAAUGAACGUGUUUCUCAUGUCACUCCUGAUAGUGUGAUAUCUCAAGUCACACCAGACUCAAAUGGAUCCACACCUCUUAAUGCUCAUGAAAAUGGACAUGAUCAACAAGAACAUUAUAACGAAAGUAGUUCAUCUGCUACUGAAUCCUCUCCUAUAGAAGAGUCUAAUCUUCCUGAACAACAACUUAGCGAGGAAAAGUGUGAGAGAAACAUGAACAAAGUUGAGGGAAAUGUACCCCAGGAAGAGAAGGCGCCAGAAGUAGAAAAUAAGGAUCCUGGUUCUUGUCUGGAUGCUCAUGCCGAACAGAAAAUCGAAAAUUCAGAGGAAGAGAAACCGGAGCUAGCUUCUGAGCAAAGUAAGAAUUUUUGUGAAGAUGUUGUAAGGUACACAAAUCCAUAAUUCAAGCUUAUGAAUAAACCAUACUGGAACAGUGAAUAUGAGGUGUUGCAGUCCUGACUCUUUCUUUUCCUUCUAUCUCCUCCCCUCUAGUUGUUUUUCUUUUCUUGCGUCCUUUUUUCUCCUCUUUUGCUGGUUAUUUAGUAGGCGUUAUUUCAGUGGGAAAAGUUUUUGAGAAAGCUUUAAGUAUCUUAGAAUUAGAUGAAAAGAAAUUUAGGUAGGAAGUGGAAUAAGAUUUUCAUGGGAAUUUUCAGAUCAACAUUGCAUGGUUUCUUGCCUUUUUCUGUGGCGUCCUUGACAGAAUCAUGCUCAUUCUGGUAUGGUUUGAAAGAUCCCUUCACCCUGCACAAGUUAGCUGACAAAGUUGUCCUUGACCGUUACAACUGAUGACAUCCCAAGCGGUGGAAGGGACAUGGAUCUGUAGUAUGGAGUAUGGGUUAACAGAGUUUUUGUUCCUUCAUUUUCAGAAACAGAAGCAGCUAGUGAGCAGACAGCAGAACAAGCAGAGAUCAAGGAAACAAGUCCAUCACCUGCAAGCGAAGAAGAAGAGCCAAUGGAUGAGAACUAACAGACCAUUGUCAUUAAUUUAACAUGGAAUAUGGUCGUGUAUUUUAGCAAGUUAUUCAUUCUCCAUUCUACCAGUAUCCGCAUGUACAGGCUGUAGUAAUGCCAUGAGUUAGCUGGAAAAAGGAAGAAUGCAAAACAACAGCUUACAACUGCUUUAUCGUGCAACCAGUUUUUAUUAUUUUGGGUGACUUAUUUGUUUGUUUGCUUUUUACAUGACAGUGUUUAAAAUGUCAUAUUACAGUCAAGCCAGGUCGAGCAUACACCCCAAGUUGCCAUUAAUGAAUUUAUUAUUUAAAAGUUGAUUCUGGUAGUAGUUGUAGAUUUCAGAUUCAUCUCUGCUUUCCUGCAUGUUUGAUGAGCAGUGAAUUCACACGCGAGGUAGUUAUGAAAUUUUUACCACGCCAGUUUUCUUACAUUUGAUCUCAAUGUCUUCAAAGCAGUUUUAACCAUUGAAGAUUUCUCAAUCUGACCAAUAAUUACGUCGUAAAAAAUUCACUGCUCAUUUUUCAUGCACGAGUGCAGAUAUGAAUUUGAUACUGGUUGAGGCAACGACCAACAGAUUCAUUUUUCAGAUAAACGAUUCAUUUAUGGAAUCUAUGGGCGUAUGCUUGACGUGGUGUGACUGUAGCUGAGACAUCCUUUGUCGUUGCAACAUAAAGGUGAAUGAACUUUAUCAUGAUACAUUUGAUCUCUUUAAAGUGCUUCUUGUUCACUUUGUUCGCAUCAUUCAGGAAGAGAACCUGAUACAAAUCUUUUUCAGAGUACAUUAGCACCCCAAGAACUCGAACUCGGAUAAACUCAAUCUCUAACUUGGUUAUCUUGAAUUCAAAUGACUUGAAUUUCCUACUUGAAUUAAAUGUCCUUUUCGUUGAUAAAAAGUGUCACUAAAUUUUACUCCAGUAAUUCAAAUUCUGGUUCUUGUAUUAAUGUAACUCCACUCGGAUGCCAUCCCAUAAGCUCAGCCAUUUGUAUAAUCAGUAUAAAAAACACUUAAACUAACACUACAGCAAUUUAAUUUGAAUUGGUGCAAUGAACAGAUCACUGUGCUAUACACUGAAGUGCUGAAAAAUCAAUAACUAUGAGUUAUUAACAUGGGAAAUUGAAUAUUCAUUCGAUGCUGAUAACUCAAACCCCCGCUAACUUGAACUGUUCUGAGUUUGAGUUACUGGGGUUCGACAGUAUUAAUUUUGCGGUACCUGUCACCACAUCUGGAAACAAAAAGAAAAACAACAAACUUAAGACAGCUAGAAGUACAAACAAAAGCAUCACUUUCUUUAAUUUUGGUUUUUUCAGUAAAAUUGUAGGGAGGUUAAAACAACCUCUACAAGAAUAGACAAGAAGAUGAACUUUUUUUACUUUCUGUUAACUUGACUUAUUUUUCAUACACAGUUUUUUUUCUUCAGUUAGAGUUUUCAUCUAUGCCCUCAUUUUUAUUUUCUAAUAAAUAAGUAAUAAUUAACUGUAUAUUAUCAAAAUUUUAACUACUGACAUAAAGGGAAUCUUGUUUGAAAAUAUAUUUUCUUGUUUUACGGUAGAAGUCUUCAACCUUUUUCCAUCCAUACUAAAAUUAUUUAAACUCUCUCAACUGAGAGAGUUGUAUUGUAAAUGACUAUCAUGCAAAUCUUUCAUCUUUGAUUUCUCUCCUCUGCAGAUAAAUAAAUUCUUAAAGCUCUAAAUUUCUUAUUUUUUAUCAAUCCUUUGGGUUGCACCAGAACCAGGAUGGCACAUGAGAUUUUCUUCAUGCUAAACUUCUCAUUUAGGCAUUAAAGGAUCCAACAAGAAAAUAUCCUAGACCCAUCAACCUAGAAAAUCUGUUGCAUUCAAGGUGAUUGCUCACUUAAACAGGGUACCCAAGUUUUAUUC